AUGGAAAAUCGGUUGAAGUGGUUGAGUCGGUCAAUGAGAGAACCUGAAGAGAAGACAAUGAACAGAAAAAAGAAGACAAUUAGAAGCACAGGUGGACAGAGGCGAUGGAGACGAACGAUCGAAGAAGUAGUGGUGGGAAAUCAUCUGAGAGCUACAGAUUUAUGUGAAGGAAAGAGGCGGUCUAAUAUUGAUAAUGGAAUGUUGCCUACAGGUGGUGGCGAAACUUAUUGGAAUAAUUGGGUUCCAAUUAAGUUGAAUAUUUUCAUAUGGAGAUUAAGAUUGAAUAGCCUUCCAACUCGAGCAAAUCUUUCUUAUAGGGGAAUUUUAUUGGAUUCAAUCUUGUGUCCAGUUUGCUCUGCUAUGAUUGAGUCUAUUGAUCACUUGUUUUUUGGGUGUAGUGAGUUAAUUGAUCUUUGGAAUAGAGUUGCUCUAUGGUGGGGUGUUCAUGUUCCUCAACAUCUUUCCAUAGAUUCGUUAUUGUUUUGGUCUAAUUCGUUCUCUUGGAGAAGUGGUCAACGGAAAGUGUUUGACGCAGUGAUUAUGACGACGUUAUGGUGUAUAUGGAAUUUCCGGAAUUGCAUUCUUUUUGGAACGGAGUUGCCUAUGAAAUCAAUAAUUUUUGAUGAAAUGGUAAAGAAUUCUUAUUUUUGGGUUGUUAAUAGGUGUAGCAAAGCUAAUAUAGGAUGGACUAAUUGGCUUCAUAAUCUUGUUUCUGCUUGUAAGUUAUUGUAA